AUGGAGAUUUAUCAUGGAGUAAAUAAUAUAGUGAAAAUAGGAAAAGACCUUAUGAGAACAUACUUAAAAUAUCUAGAAAAUUAAAGCUACGUAACUUCAAAAACUGGAAGAAGAUAUUAUGUCAUAGGGUGUGAAGUGAUGAUAAAUGAAAAUAAAUCGAAGGUUGAAAAAUAUAAGUACUUCUUUUUUGAUAAAGGAGAAGUUAUUCAGUAGUACAGAUUGAAAGACUAUGACGAUUUGAUCUUGCUUUUUAAGUUUGAUAAUUAGUGGUUUGUUACUCUAUGGAAAAUACAUGAAAAUGAAAUCUACUUAAUAGAUUAUAAAACAAAUUCAGAGGAUAAAUUUGGAAAUGUAAUUCAGAUUGUUAAAGAUUUUCACAAGAAAUUUUUUGAUUUUUAAAUCCCUGGGAAAGGUAUCAUUAUUUUGCCUGAUAACUUUAGCUAUAAAGUGCAGGAAUCAAAGAAUGACGAUUGUGGAGAUUUGUGUAUGGCUUUUCUCUAUUUUUAUAUUAUAGGUAGUCUUAUUAUUGAAAUCAAACUCACUCCUCCUAAGAGAGCUAAUUUUGCUAUUUCUUUUGGAUGGCUUCUGCUCAAAAUAUAUCACGAGUAAGAGUACAAUUUCAAAAAAAACAUUAAUAAACCUCAAACGAUGCUGCUUUAAAUUAGUAAACACGCUCCUUCUUCUUAGAGCAACUUAGAAGAGGAAAUUUAAUAAAGAGACUUGCAAGAACUGUAAGAAGGAUUCGGAUUUAGGGAGAUAUUUAUGGGAGAUGGAAUAAAUAAACUUCCUAAAAAUGAAAUAGGUAAUACGGAAAAUAAGGUAAUAAGAAAAACUCCUAUUCCGAACAUAGAAGAUUAUCCUGUUUCUGAGGAAACUUUAGAGAUGAAUGAUCAAUCAGAAGAAGAAUUUAGAAAAAAAAUUAUUUUUGUAGCAUCAUAGAAAGAUCGUGAGGAGUUGGAUGAGAAUUAUAAAAGACAAAGUGCAAAAAAUUAUUAAACAAAAUAAAUUCUUAAUUCGUUCGAAAUAGAGCCAUAUAAAUUCAACAAUAGGAGUACUGCUUAAGAUUAAAUUAUUUAAGAAAAGCCUGCUUUUAACUAACAAGAAAGGAGAUCUGCAAACAAUAAAUUAAACUAAGAUUCCUUUUAGCUUAAACCUGAAAGUAUUUGGUAACACCUUUCGUCUUAGCCUGAUCAGUUAGAAUAAUCCUCAAUUAGGAAAAAGGUAGAAAAUAAAAGUUAGCUGCAAAAAGCAGGAGACUAAAUUUUAAGCUAGUCUAGCUAUUUAAGCAGUAACUAAAUGUCUUAGCAAUAGGUAAGUCCGAUAAUGAAAUAAGUUUAAUAGCAAAAUCAGUAAUCUAAAAAAAUUGCUUAACUUUCUAAGCAAGAGUUUGAAAAACAAAAAAAAGAACUUGAAGAUAAAUUAGUGUAAAUAAACAAUCAAUUCAUCAAAAAGCAAGACAUCAUUGAUAUUUUAGAUGAUAUUAGAAAAGAUGUCAAUUUCGAAAUGAAAAUAGAAAUGAGGAAGCUUGCAGAGGACAUCAAGCUAGAAUAAGAAAAAAAGGCUAUUGAAGAUGAGCUAAGAAAGAAACACUUCGAAGAUUAUUUUAAGUUUUUGUUAGCUUAUUAUUAUGAAAAUGAUAUUUAAUAAUAUUAUUAAUUACUAGAAGAAUACAAUAAUCGUUUAAGAUAGUUUGCUGUUUCAAAUUUACCAGACAAUUUAUUUCUAUAAUAAGUUAAUUAGCCUUAAAUGAAUAAUAACUCUUCUUUGUCAACUGCAGGAUAAACACUUCCUUUUGGUAGUAAUAUUAAUUCUUAACAUACGCCUUAGAAGGGUUACAAAUCUAGUGAACAGCUUUACGAAGGUUAUUUCAAUAGAGGAUCUAUGAAGUAUGCUUCUAAUCUAGGUAAUAAGCCUCAAGCUUGGAGCAUAGAACCCAAGUACUUAGAUAAUGAUAAUAAUUUUAAUAAUGGUAAUAUAAAAGUUCCAAAAAAUGCUGAAUUUAGAAGCCCUGGAUUUAAUGGAUUUGCAAUUUCGCCAGAGAAGUCUGAAAAAUACAAAAAUAGAAUUCAAAAAUAUCUAUUUGACGACUUGUAAUUUGGAUAAGCAAGAGCAGACUAUCUCAAAGAAAUAAGAAAAAAAUAAGAGCAGAAAGAAAGAAUCUAGCAUGAACAAAUUGAAGAUUUAACCAGGAUAAACGAUAGAGGAUUAAAAUUAUUUGGUGGCGAUUAUUACAAACAAUAAAAAAUAUAAAAUUAAAUAGAACAAGAACGUAAAUAUUAGCAAUUACUACUUAACCCAGGUGGAUAGCAAUAAAAUUAAAGAAAAAGUUAAUUAUUUUCAAAAUACAACUCUUAAACUAACCUUUAAGAUUUAUAUAAUAUGAACUAAGAUUUAUAUACAUCUAAAACUAACAAUAAUGUUAAUACGGUCAGUUCUGGAUAUAAAACUUUUGUGCCUACAUCUAACUCUAUUAAAAUUACUAACAACUCAUACUAAAAUUUUUGA